AUGGCGCUGCUCCGUACUCGUACAUGGGCGACGCUGCAGGAAGGGGGCUGCCUCCACCGAACCGCCGCCCUCGCGCGGGCGGCCCUCUGGGGACAGGGAGGACAGGAGACAGGCUUCGCGGAUAGGGGCCAGCCCGCUGGCGCGCCCCCGUGGAGUGGCUACGUGGAGGGAUUGCGUGCCGCGACGGAGGCCUCCUCAGCGCCGCUGGAGGAGGUGGAGGCGAGUGGCUGCGCGAAGGCACAUGUCGUGGCCAUUCCUGCCCUCGUCGCAUCCGUGGAGCGGAGGCUGACGCAGUGCGACGCCGGUGUGAAGGCUGUGGCGACCGGCGCGCGCUUGAAGCGCGCUGACAAGAAGGAUUGCACGGCCUACGGGUCCGCGGAGCCGCGCGAGGAGACUGGCAAGCGCGCCGGGAAGAGUGGCCUGGGUGCCGGGCGGUGCGUCCAUGUGGAGGCCGGCAGUGCGGUGACUGAACACGAGGGCGCGCGCGAGGCGCAAACGGGCUUGCCGAAGGCGAUGCACUGCAGCUAG